AUGCCAGAAAAAGCAUCAGUGUGCCUACUGUCAAUGAGAAUGUAUUAUCUAAAAAAGAAACAAAUCCUUACAAAUGUAGCAUUACUAACAGCACUAACAGGCCUUGGAGUCGGAAUAAUGGACCAAGAAUUGAGAUUUAAAAAUUACUAUAAACCGAAUUCUUCAUUUCCAAUGAUGCUUUCAGUCUUCUUAUCUCUUUCAACUUCAAUUUUGGUGUUAUUAAUCUUGUUUUAUCAUUAUUAUAAAAUAAAAUCAAGGCUCCUAUGGGAUGAAUCAAUUUCCUUUAUUGCCUACAUCAAUUUAAAGGACAUAUUUUUAAUAUUUCUUGAAGUAUUUGUAUGUCUAAUACACCCCGUACAAAUUUUUGACAAAAAAUUUCCGAUAAAUGCGAUGCUAUCAUUCCCCGACAUGACCGUUGCUUACUUCCAUCUCAAUUCUCUGCUGACUAUCCUCAUGUUUAACAGACUAUAUCUUGUCCUCAGAGUAUUUAAGCUCAAUUCUCGAUAUUAUACUAAUUUCUCUCCACACGUUGUUGGUAUGUUAGGGCACAUUGACCUUAACUCCACGUUUAUCGUUAAAUCACUUCUUUAUCAAUAUCCAAUCAGAAUGUUGAUAGUAAUGAUAGCUACAGGAUUUCUGAUCUCUUCUUGGUCCCUUAGAGCCUGUGAAAUAUCAGUUGAUGAGAUCCACGGAUCUUUUGCUAACUCAAUGUGGCUUGUGGCUAUAACUUAUAUGUCUGUGGGGUACGGAGAUAUUGUCCCCAUAUCUUUUUGCGGACGAACCACUGCUGUACUCACUGGAAUAUUUGGAGCUUUUUGUACUGCUCUUUUGAUUGCCGUCGUGAUUCCAAAUUUGAGGUUUACCAAAGCCGAAAGAAAUGUUUAUGAAGACUUUUUAAAAUUAGAAAACUCCAAAAAAAUCGAAGAAGAGUGCGUCAAUGUAUCGAAAGCCAGUCAUCAAAUAUAUGAGGUAGCAUACCUGGUCAUUCUCUUUAGUGUAGUAAGAGAAUUUUAA